AUGGAACUUGUGGACUCACAUUGUACUGGAUUCAACAGUGGGAUCACUGGAAGCAGUGGGCAGUUGUCCAGUGGGCAGGUGAGGGUAGAGCCAGCCACCUUGAAGCGCAUUGCUUCAGGCUACUUCAGAGUUGAUUACCAGCAAUGCCAGCUGAGGGUAGCUGUCAAGUGCCUCACAUGCGCACAGCAGCUCUGGGUGAAGGAUACAUCCUCAACAAGUGGUGGCAGUGAUCUGCGGCUCACAUUCCGUAAGGGCCAGGAGAGCGAUGUGAGUAAUGGGCUCUACAAGGGCUAUCUGAUCAGCUCAGAAGUGCCAAAGGGAAAGCAGACAAAGCAAGUUGUGUGCCUCAGUUGCAUAGAGAGACUCCUGGGCAGCAUUGCGGAGAGUGCAGAUGGGCAGUCAAUCAUUCUGGGGUGCAGAAGAGAUGGGGGUGCAGAGGCUGUCAUUCUACGGCGACAGCAUGGCGCGGCAUUCUGGACCCAGUGCCUUGAGCUCACCACUGAGAUCCUGGCCUUCCUGUCGCAACGAAAUGAAAGCACAGUGGUGCGUAAGAAACGCGCGCUGAAUGCGGCAGAACGAGUAAUCAACAGAGGUGCAGCCAAGGGGGUGCGUCAAAGGGGGCCACAAGAGGGAGAGAUACCGGCAACGACUGAUGCGGGAGGUGCCGAUGAGCUCAGCGUAGAUGCGAGCAUCAAGAGCCAGGCUUCGCGCUACCUCGAUAUGAUCGGCAACGGGGGCUGUCACAUAUCUGUGCCGGCUGAAAGCGCAUGCCCCCCCUUGAGACUCUACAUGCCGGCUUGGGAUCACAACGGCCGAGGGAGAGCAAAGCCGCUGGGCAAGCCGGACAAGAGCUGCGCGCUUCUUGAACAAGUGUGGUGGGACACCUUGGGACAGCUGAAUUGCACUUGCGACAGGGGACGGCUCACAGAGGAUGCGCCAUGCGUGCAUAAGCUGGCCAUGGCCGCACUGAGCGAGAGCUGGAUCCGAUGGGCAGAGAUGCCAACUCGACAGAUGCUGGGGCAAGGAGUGAGGGUCGAGCGACUCGCGUCGGACGAGAAGGGGAGCUACUUUGCCGUGCGCGACAAUCCCAAUGGUGUCUCCCGGCGCAUGGUGUUUCGAAGCAAGGGUGGGUGUUGGUAUUGCGAGGGGAAGAGGGAUGGAUGCCCGUCGUUGACGGACUGCUCUCACAUAGGUGCGGCAAAGGCCGCUCUGAUCAAGGGGGAGGUUCCCACAACAGAGGCGCUCGUUCUCGGAUCAGGGUCGCUUGCAAGGGCCGCCACUAGUUGGCUGGAGUCAUUCGACGGCAGAGUGCCUCUGAUAGGGGCGCCGGCAGUGGAGCUAUCCUCGGGGUCGGAAGGGAAUGCGGAUCGAGACUCGGGGUCAAGCAGAGGGGGGGAGGGGGAGCGAGGGGAGGAGGGGAAAGAGGGGCUCUCGGACGAGGAACGGUACCUUCUAGGGCUCCUCGAGAGGCGGCCACACAAAGAGGCGGCAUGCGCCGGAGACUCGUGCUUUUGUAAGAGACACGAGUUUCUCUUCGGUGAGGCUAGGCCGCCGACGGAGGAGAGGAGGGAGGGGCAAGAGGGGGGGCACGACGCGGGAGUCAGCAACGAGAUGACUGAGGGGGGACCUGCACUCAAACGAGCACGGAGGUCGAAGGCGUUCUGGAAGGCAGAAGCACAGCGGCCAACAGAAGUGGCUCGCAGUGGGGCGAAUGGGAGGUCGGGGCAAAGGUCGGGACCAUCGACGGAUGCCCGGGGGAAGGAUGCGAUCCAUGGCUGGGUCGCCGCAUGUUCCAAUUGCAAGUUGAGCUUUUUAGCGGCAGGGGGGGCGUGCAAGCAUGAGAAGGAGCGGCACUCAAAGGUCCCGGUGAUGCUUUUGAGCACCGAGGCGACUCAGGUGUCAAAGCCAAAGCUCGCGAGGCUCUCUGACGCCCCAAACUUCCACGACCCUUGGGUCACGGCCCUAAGCGGUUCCCCCGUUCGAGUCAGUAGGCUCAGAGACUGCCACUUCAAAGAGCUCUCGGAUCUCGGCCUGCUCAACGCACCGUGCCCGCUCGACCCUCCUCCUUGCGGCGGUUCUUGGGUUGAGAGAGAAGUGGAAGCCUCGGUGACCGCUUCGCAGUGGAGCCAGCGGGUUCGAGUGCGCCUCUAUCACUGUAAUUGCCCCGACGAAGCGCACACCAUCCAUUUUGACGGGGAGCAUCUAGGGCUUUACACUUGGAACCGGAGGACCCUCUUCGUGCAGCAGAGUCUCCAAUUGCUCCUGCGCGGCAUGCAACACGGGCACUCGUUCAAGGCGGAGCUCGCCACCAAUCAGACGGCCUUUCAGCAAUGCCCAGAGGCGGAGGUCUUGAGCGAAGAGACCUGGCGGCGCGCGAGUUUGGACUUCUUCAAGUUGCUCGGUCUUGGGAUCCGGGAUUGCUGCACUCUUUGCGGUCCGCAUCCGAAGGUGCUGCUCUGCGACGGGAUCGUUGGGCUGGCCAAUUCGGACGGGGGCAAGCGUCCAGGGGGGCUGGGGUCCACGACCCUGGACAUUCGGCGCACCAUGGUGCAUCCGAGCGUGUUCGAGAACGGGCAGCUUCUUCAGAAGCGGUCGAUCUCGGGCCAGGACUACUGCGGAGCGGGCCUGGAAGGAGGUGGCAUGAAGAGAAAGCUUAUCCUCCAGCCGGAGCUCCGAGAGGCGAUCGCGCGUCUCUCUCAGCACCGGCCGAAGGACGAGAAAUUGGGUUAG